AUGGCCUCUCCUGCCAUGAAGAAGAUCUUGAGGGUUUCCAAACGCUCCCUUGUUGCAGUCUUCUUCCUCUUCACCUUGUCAUCCUCCUUCCUUUACUUCAUUUAUGUUGCUCCAGGCAUAGUAAACACUUACCUUUUCAUGAUGCAAGCUCGUGGGAUCCUCAUCCGGGAAAACAUGCGGACGAUAGGAGCCCAGGUGUAUGAGCAGGUGUUGCGUGGAACUUAUGCCCUGAGGAAUAGCAGCAGCAUUAAUGAGACAGAGUUUCCUGAUUAUUUUAACAACACUGAAUCAUUUAUUCAGACAACAACAUUCCUUCCACCAGACUUCACUUACCUCCCUCAUCAGCCGUGCCCUAAACGUCUACCCUUCAUGAAAGGUCCAGUCAAUGUGAACAUGAGUGAGGUGGAGAUGGCUGAUAUCCACAAGCAGUUUGCCAAGGAUUCCAUCAAAAUGGGAGGUCACUGGAGGCCGAGUGAUUGUAUUCCACAGUGGAAGGUGGCUAUUCUCAUUCCAUUCCGGAAUCGUCAUGAGCAUCUUCCAGUUUUGUUUAAACAUCUGAUCCCGAUGCUGCAGAGACAGCGCUUACAGUUUGCCUUCUAUGUUAUUGAGCAGACUGGGAAUCAACCAUUUAAUCGUGCAAUGCUCUUUAAUAUUGGCUUUCUAGAGGCCAUGAAGGACCUUGACUGGGACUGUUUGAUAUUUCAUGAUGUUGACCACAUUCCAGAGAAUGACCAGAAUUACUAUGGCUGCCAGAACAUGCCUCGACAUUUUGCAGCUAAGUUAGACAAAUACAUGUACCUGCUGCCCUACAAGGAGUUCUUUGGAGGUGUUAGUGGUGUGACCGUGAAGCAGUUUCGUAAUAUUAAUGGAUUCCCCAAUGCAUUCUGGGGUUGGGGCGGGGAAGAUGAUGAUCUUUGGAAUAGGGUGCACAAUGCAGGGUACACAGUGUCGCGACCAGAAGGAGAUAUUGGGAAAUACAUGUCCAUCCCCCACCACCAUCGGGGAGAAGUCCAGUUUCUUGGACGGUACGCUCUGCUCAGAAGGUCUAAAGAACGUCAGAACAUGGAUGGCCUCAAUAACUUAAAUUAUUCCCCAAAUAUCACAUAUGAUGCCCUGUAUAAGAACAUCACUGUAGAUCUAAGCCUUGAGUUAGCUGUGGUGAGUGAUUACUGAGAUUGGUCAGGACCUCGCUGCUUUGUCCUCUCCAUCACUACAGGAUGUGUGUGAAAGAUUAGGACACCAUGGUGAGCAAGGAUCCCCAGACCUUGGACAGUCUCAGGAUCAAGUCCUUCAUUUUAUGAAGGCCCCAGAACAGACAAUUUUAUGUACAGAGAAAAAUACACUCCCCGUCGCUGUUUACAUGGAUGUCAAGCUGCUUUUUCUUCAAGAUGUCUGGUGACAGCAGACAGUAUUAGGGGGUCUGCAUCCAUUUCAUACAACUACAUGUAGCUCUUUGAAGGUCAAUUAAUAUCUUCUUAUUUGGUUUAAAUUGUAGGGAUUGGUUCAUUAUGUAAUUACUGGGGUUGAUAGGGAACCCCAUAUAUUCCUCAAUGUGAAGGCUCCUUCCGCCAGUGCUGACUGUUAUGUAUUAAAGUGCUGGUGCUGACCCCAGUUUUCCGUUUGUUGCCCCCUUCAUUAUCCAUUGUAGGGUUUGGCUUCUCCAUUAGACUGUCAACCACCAGGGGAU